GUCAAUGUCUUCCUGUCAGAUGUCAUGUAUUGGUUAUAAUUUUGGUUUCAACUAUUAAAAAUAUUUGAUUAGCUAUUAAUAUAAAUUUCGCACAAUUUUAUAUAACCUACUAAUAUAAAAGAGUAGUUGUAUAUUAUUUAAAAUCAUUUUUAAUCUUAACUCGAAUUUAUAGAUAAACUUUCUCUUCCCGAAAAACAUAACACGUAAUUUACAAGGUAGUUCUUUUUUACCUAUAAUUGGACAAUAUUAAACAAAAAUUCAGAAAUGUCGAAGAAGCCAAAUAGUGCAACUGCCAGAUUGAAACAAGAUUACUUGAGGUUAAAAAGAGAUCCUGUACCUUAUAUAACUGCUGAGCCCCUUCCAACAAACAUAUUAGAAUGGCAUUACGUUGUUUGUGGACCAGAGAAGUCUCCAUAUGAGGGAGGUUAUUAUCAUGGAAAGCUAGUAUUUCCAAGAGAAUUUCCCUUUAAACCUCCGUCAAUAUAUAUGAUAACACCUAAUGGAAGAUUCAAAACUAAUAAAAAACUUUGUCUAAGCAUUUCUGAUUUCCAUCCAGAUACUUGGAAUCCGGCGUGGAGUGUCUCCACAAUUUUAACUGGAUUGUUAAGCUUUAUGCUUGAAAAAAGUCCAACGCUAGGCAGUAUUGAAACAACUGAUUACGACAAGAGACAAUUUGCAUACCAAUCGUUGGAGUUCAAUUUAAGAAACAAAACUUUUUCUGAUUUAUUUCCAGAGACAGUAGCAUCUAUGCAAGCGGACCUGGCUGUGAGAAAUGCAACACAAGCUGUUAACGUAGAAAAUCAAAAUAAUUCCCAAAUCACUGAUCAACCCAGUAGUUUCCAAUCAUGUAUAACAAAUUUAUGUGUCAUUAUUGGAUUUGCAGCUUUCGCCUUUACUGUUAAAUAUGUUAUGAAAACAACAGCAUCAGAAGCAGAAUGACUGUCAAUUAUAUAAUUGUUUCAUAUUUUUGUUUGAACUCAAAACAAAGUUUUUAUGCUGUGAAGCGAAAUACCCAAGUAUUAUUAUUUAUUAUACUUAUUCAAGUGUUUAACACUAAUAAACAUCAAUUUAUAAUACUUAUUCAAGUGUCUAACACUAAUAAACAUCAAUUUAUAAAAUUUAGUAUUCAGUAAUUGAUGUAUAGUUGCAGCAGUUAUACAUUGAAUUUCCCACUUCACUAUGUUUUUAAUUUUUUUGUUAUUCGCUAAUGAUUCUAUCCAAUAAACAAAAAUUCUAGUCUCA